CCCCACAGGACUGCAGAAACUGGCCUUGUCUCGUCUUGUGUUCUCUUCUAUCUAGUAAUCUCCAUCGCCAAAACUGCAAAAACGCUCGAAGAAAAAAAAAGAGAGAGAGAAAUUAGAGAAAAAAAGAGAGAAUUUUUUUGUUUGUCUCUGCAAAAAUGGCUAUAUCUACAGCACACCCAACGGAUCUUUCCCUUUUAUUAUCUUCCUUCUCAACUUUCUUCUCACUUUCUUAAACUUCUUUCUGUUCUUCACAAAAAUUCAAGGUGUGUUGUUCAUAUAUAGAAAUCACUGUCUUUUGGUUUUUCUUUAUUGGGUUAAUAAAUCUGUUUUUGUUUUGUGAAGAUUUCCCAUUUCCAUGGAAUUCCCAAAUCGUUUUCUUGGGACAAGAGAGAAAAGAAAGUGAGAUUUAGAAAAAAACAGAGUAAUUUCAGGGGGCGGGGGGGGUUUUUGUUUUGGGUUUUUCAUGGUUUAGGGUUUAGGGGUUUUGUUUUGAUCAUCUUCUCAAUUUCUUCUCAAUUCCACCAAAUUUUCCAGGUUUUUGAUGGAAUUGAGUUUUUUUGUGUAGUUUUUUUUCUCAGUAACCAAACAGAAUUUACAGUGUGUUUCUUGUUUCUUCUUGUUGUUUUGAAUUCAAUGUCUUCUCCAUGUAUAAGUGGUGGUGGAAGAGCUUACAAUUUCGAUUUAGAAAUUGUGAAGUCUCCAUCUUCUUCAUGGACAAGAACUUCACAAACUUCAUCUCCUUCUUCGACUUUAUCUGAAUCAAGCAACAAUACACAGCUUGCAAUUUCAACUCGAAAAUCUCGAACUCCUCGAAAACGCCCAAAUCAAACCUACAAUGAAGCUACAGUUCUACUCUCAACGGCGUAUCCAAAUGUUUUUUCUACCAAACAUCUCACAAAUCCACGAAAAUUCACUAAAUCACAUGAUUCUCUCUUCUGUGAAUCUGCUGAAUUGUUGUUGCCUUUUCGAGUUAUCGAUAGUUCUGGAUUUCUCCUUCACCAACCUCCGCUGGUUCAUGAAAGACCUAAUUCCCAAAUUCAUUCCAAAUUGACGAAUCUUUGGGAAAAUCGGCCGUGUUCUAGCCCUGGAGAGAUUGAUUUUCAACCGAAUUCGAUGGAGAUUGAAGAGAUUGAAGAUUUUGAUGCGGAAUCGAUUCUUGAUGAGGAAAUUGAAGAGGGUAUCGAUAGUAUUAUGGGGAAUCUCAGUGUGGAUAACCUAGAAACAGGUAAUUCAACGCAAGAUUCUUGUGUGAAUGUGAAUAAUCAUCCUCGGAAUUGGAAUUGUUACUGGAGUCCAAUCGGGUUAGGGUUCAACCAGAAAUUCGAAUCUGGAUUCGGAAUGCGGAAGGGAAUCGAACGAACAGCAAUCCGAGGAGUCGAUAAUGGAAACUGGUGGCGAUUUCCGACGGUCGACGUAGUAGAAAUCUCUCCAAAACUAAAUCCAAAGCCACCGGUUCCCGCACCAGCACCGUCCGCCGUAGCGACGAAGAAGAAGAAAAAGAAAGUGGAGAAACUUACAGUAAUUGAAUCGAAGAAAGCCGCAAUGCCAUUACAAAAGGAGAAAUUAGAGAAAUCAGAGAAAUCAGAGAAGCCGAUUCCGAAAUUGAAACCUACUGGAUUGCUUCUGAAAUUGAACUAUGAAGCCGUCGCCGACGCUUGGUCCAGCCGUGGAUCUCCAUUUUCCGAUGAGAUUCCGGGCUCCGAUACGGCGGGAAGUGAUGUAAAUGCCAGGCUGGCGCAGAUUGAUUUAUUUUCGGACGGUGGAGGAUUAUUGAGAGAAGCCAGCGUGUUACGGUACAAGGAGAAAAGGCGGACCCGCCUGUUCUCGAAGAAGAUUAGAUAUCAAGUUAGAAAAGUCAACGCAGAUGGACGGCCCAGAAUGAAGGUAUGGGCGAUUUGUGAGGAGACCUAAUUCAAGCGCAAGCGAAAAGAGAGAGACAGAGUAGCCUUUAGGAUUCAGAAAUCCUCAUUUUUCAGUUGUCAACUUCACUUUUUUGAGACCUACUUUUUUACUUUCUUUAUUUUAUUAUUAUCACCUUUUUUUUUUCUCUCUCUCUCUUUAUUUUGCAUCAUAUUUUCCUAAAUUUCCAUAAUUUGUUUGCCUUUUUUUUGUUUUUUGUUUUUUGUUUUUUUCUUUUUCUAAUUCCAAAAAGCUCAAUGAGAGAAUGGCCACUAAGUAGAUGGUCAGAGAUCCAAUAAUUCAAGGGCUUUAUUAUUAUUAUUAUUAAUUUUCCUUUUUGGGGCUUUGGUUUGUAGUGCUUGGUUGAUAGUUUCUAAUGCUUUAAGAAGAGGCUCAUGUUUUGAAUUGCCUCGAUUUGUGUAAUUCGCCACUUAUUAAAUACGGAAAUUUGUGGUUUAAAGGUAAUCAAACUUUAUUUAUUCAACAAA